AUGAUAGAUCCUCUGCGGUACCGAUCUCUAGAGGAGCAGCUUGAGUUCGAUGAGGACAACUCUCCGAUGCAGUGCAAGCAAUGCCUGCGGGGGGGAGUCAGCACCCCGGCGUUUUUCCUCUGCUACGAGUGCGGAAACACUGGUGAUCCGCGACCGUUUUGCGAGCCCUGCUUCUUCGACUACCACCUGACGAAGAGGAAAGGGAAGGAAGGACAUAAGCCGCACCCGAUAGUGCAAGGAGAUCCUGUCACCGUCCAAACGCUUGCAGAUGGCGACGGUGUCACGUUUGCCAAGAUGCACGACUGGGUGACCCUCGACUACAUUUUGACGACGGACGAGUCGGACGUGGCGGUAGAGGACACGUUUCUCGCGAAACAGCCGCUCACGUUUCAGAGUGGUUGUUCCGGCCCGUGCAUCCACCUCCAGCUUCGCGGGUGCACAGGGAUAGCCGCAGCAGACAUCAUGGGUGCCAGUGACCCCUACUGCGCCGUGUACUGGAAAAACAACUUCGUCGGUGCCACAACCACAAAGCACAUGACUCUCAACCCGAAGUGGGCGAAUCAAACGUUCGUGCUACCCCUUGCUGCAGAGUUUUUGGCAGCGCUGGACGGUGGCGAGGGCUCUUCAGCGCUCUUCAACGCCGGUGCGCUCUUGCCAAAGCUCCGAAUAGAGCUCUAUGACUGGGAUCGCCUGUCGAAGAAUGAUUUUCUGGGACAAAUUUCCCUCAGCGAUGCCGAAAUCCUUCCCAUCUUGCGGCAAAUACGAAGCGGUGAGGCAGACGAGAAUCAGGCCAUCUCGUUUGAUUUGAAACCAAAACAGAGUCGAGGACAGCUCGGCAUUCGUGUUGCUCUUCUCGGGAGCAAGCUCUACGUCCACAUCAUGGAAGCCGAAAAUGUCCCAAAGGCGGACCCGUUCAGCUUGAGUGACCCAUACUGCGAGGUGUUUUGGAAUGACGAACUGGUCGGCAAAACCGCCUACAUCAACGAUACCCUGGAUCCCGUAUGGGAUUUGGAGAUCUUCGCCUUCAAAGUCGACAAAGAUGGACCCAACUCUGUCGAGAAGUCCACUCUGCGAGUGGUGUGUUUGGACUGGGAUCAGUUCGGAAGCAAUGACGUGCUGGGCCAGAUUGAGCUGACCGGAUCGCAAAUCAAGCAGUUGGUGGAGAGCAAGGACGGUGAUGAGGGGGCAGAUGCCGGCGAACAGGCGAUGGGAGAGGCAGACAUGGAGAAGAUUUUCGAAUUCGUACAGAUGUUUCAGGAGAACGAGCUUGACGAAGCGGGGCUCGGGAAAAUGAUCGUCGGGGUUCCCCAAGACCCGCGCAUCAAGAGCCAGCAGCACGACGCGGAAGCAGUCCACGAGGAUGUUGAGGUUGUGGAGACGGCAUCCACUAAGAAGAAGAGAAGACACAAGAAAAAGAAGAAGGGUGGAGCGCUUGAGGCGGAAAAAGAUUCGCAGAGGCGACUCCAUGAGGGUCAAGGGGCGGCAGAAAAUAAAGAAGUGGAGGAGGGUCGUGCCCAGGUGUUGAGCGUGGGAGCGGAAGCUGCGAGAUGCAAAGAUGAACCACAAACAAACGUGGAGGAGCAGAAGAACCAAUGGGCUGAAGCUGACGGUAACCAAGAGGGAGCAAGGGCAGUAGAAGAGGCAGCAGCGACAACAACAGCAGCAGUAGAAGCAGCAGUCUUGGAAGAUGGCAUGGACGAUGAAGAUUGCACGAGGGAGGGAGGACGCCAAGGAGAAAAACACCACGAAGAAGCUAAACAAAAUGAGGAGAUUGAAAAACCGCCGCUGAGGGAACACCGACAAGUAGACGGUGGCAUCGUUCCGGGAGCAAGCCGGAAUGCGGAAUGUCGGAAUGCGCAAGUGUCCGGCGGCGAAGACAACCCGGCUUCGAAUGACACCAAAGCAAGCUUCGAUGCUCUCAACGUCGAAAAGCUCGGAGAGAAGACUGAAGUACGUACCGAAAACGAAAGCACUCUCGACGCUGGCGGCCUCCUUCCCGGGCCAGACCAUACGACCGACGCUGGCAACACCAUAGGUAGCGAGAGUCUGACGCCGGGAGCACCUCGCGAACGCAAGACAAUUCUUGAGUCUAAAACGAACGAGGAGGAUCAGUUGGCAAAGGAGAAUGGGGCAGCAGAUCACGCGCCGAAAGAAACAACAAAUGCUGGUGUCGAAGAAGGGGGUAGUCGAGUCGAGGAAGCAUCACCCAAGGCCGAACCGCGGGCUUCAAGAAAAGGGAAGAAGACUACCCGAGACUCCUUUCGCUAUCGUGACGCAAGCGUCCAGCGUUUGGAAGAGGGCCGAGGUGUUCUGGUGGAGUAUUUGGACGACGGCAAAUCCGUAUGGCUGGAAACCAAGGUCAUCCCUCGCCUUCAGAUCCGGGCAGACACACCGGUGGCCCGCAACAUUCUUCAGCGAAUUUGGGGGCAGCGACACAGACUGUUGAGCCUGCACAAGCGAGUGCUGAACGUGAAGCGGGGGAUGAAGGCGCUGAUGGGAGUCGCGAUGACCGGCUCUCGGAUGCAGUGGUACCAGCUGGGGUUGACGGACGAGCAGAGCGGGGCGAAUUUCGUCCGCGGAACCGUCGACUGUCGGUUUCUAUACCACACCAGGGGGUCCGUGUUGAGAGGGCUAGACGUGGCGGUGUCCCACAUGAGUCUCGGUGAAAGGGCCCGAGUGGAAGUACGGUCGGACUACGGGUUCGGGGAGGUGUACGCCUCGAGAAACAUCCCGCCUUACGUCACUCUGGUGUUCGCAGUCCAGGUGGCGGCCAUCGGGCACCGGAGCGCGAAGUGGCUGCUGGUCCGGCGAGCGCUCAGGGACAGGAUAGACGACGCGUUGUUCCGUCUCCGAUCGCGCCUUUCGAGUGUGGUGUCGUCUUACGGGGCUGCGAGGCGCCUGACGGCCUUGCUGAGAUCGCUGAGGAGAGGGGGAAACACCGUGAAAGCGCUGGUACCAGACGAUGAGGAGUCGGCGGUGGGGGACCCGGGCUUGCUGUCGGAGAGAACGGGGUACCAAGACACCCAUGCAUAA